AUGCGCGCGGUAGAGCGGAGAAGCGUGAACAGCAUGGCGCAGCGUCGGGAGAGGAGUACCACUGCCUCCGCGCCGCUACCUCAGUGCUCCACGCGCCGCAAUGGGUUGCCCACCGGCGGCGGCAUCCAGACGCCUCCUAACGGCAAGAUGAACCCCCAUUCCAAGAACGCCGGCAACGCGCUGCAUGCGGCACACCUUCUGCCCGCCCUGCCGGGCUCGAUCACCGGCCAUAUCCUUGACGACUCCGCCCUACCAGCGCAGCUCCUGCUCGCAUGCAAUACAACCACCACCGGCACCGCCUGCACGGGCACUAGCGCCACUGCCACCGCCAUCGCUAAUGCAAAUGCCGACGCCGGUUUUGCCUCCCUCGCUGGCUUCAGCAGCCCCAGACACGACGAACCCAUCGCCACCCGAGGUCCUCCAACGGCCCGCCGUACAGGCCAGGUGGAGGCGGGAGACCGUGAAGCGGACGUCGCCGAUGCCACCAUCACCACCGCCAGGGGUGUUGUUACGGAGCCCUGGCGGUGGCAUCGGUGUCGCACAGGCCCAGGCAGGGAGACUGCUGCUGCAAACACGGGUGCGGACGUCAUGCCUGAUAUCCUGCCUUCCAGCAACUCCCAGCCCCGGCCGGGCCCCCUGAUCCAGCCCCAGCCCUCACGCCUGUUCCUGCCGUACAUGUGGGACCCCUCCCCUGAAACAUAUAGCGACCUGCAGCGGAGCAACACCGCGCCGCCGGCACCGCCGAGAAGGAUACUGCGUGACUGGGGCCUCUUCAGUCGUCUGCACCGUACUCGACUGGAAGCCCGAUACGCUGUCACUGCUGCCGCUAUGUCCGAUGGUCAGGUCCUGUUGGGUGACAGCAUCCCGGCGGCUGGAGACGAAGACUACGGCCGCAUAAGCUCCAGCUUUGCUUCUGUCUCCGUUAGCAGCAUCCAUGGGGGUCGCUCAACAGUCGGCGCUAAGGUGACACCGCUGGGGCUGCUGCGGCGGCUGCUGCAUGCAUUCACCAAGCGCAAGCGCCAGGGCCUGGUCACGCGGGAUGGGAAAGGCCGCGAACGCGAUGCGAGCAGGCGCACCCAGAAGUGUGGUGAUACUCUGACUACUGUGUCGUACUGCUCCUUGGGAGCCACACGUUACCACUCCGAUGAUGACAGCAAGGAGGAGGAGGAGGAGGAGGACGCCGAAAAAGCGUUGCAAGUUUUGCAGCGGCAACGCUGCGACAGUAAAAUUCUGGCCCGCGCACGGCUAGGGCUCGGCGUGCGGCGACAGGACCCGCUAGCGGCUGCAUCGCCUGCAGGCCCACCUUCAGCUGCAGCCGCAUCUGCAGCCUCGUCUGGGCAUGUGUAUGCAUUCAGCCAGCCAGCGCCUCCAGCGCCGACCGGCCGUAACGGCAGUGCUGGCCCCGAGGACAAAGAGGGCGACAAGGACCCCAGUAGGUCCCAGAAGGCGCGGAUUUCCUCCAUCGCAAAUCUGCGUGCUCGGCUGGCAGGUGCACGGCGCUCUGUGGGGGCCCCCGUGGAUGCCCCGCCUAGUCCGAAGCUAGGCAGACUAUCCUUAUACUCCCUAGUGGCCAUGCAGACGCAGUCACGGGACGAGCAAUGCCGCUUCUCGGAGCCAGUGGCAGUUCUGGCUUCGACGCGCACGACAAAGCGGCUGGGAGUGGUGGCAGCAACUGGUAGUUGUGGCGAUUAA